AUGUCAAAAUCGGAGAAAGAGAUCAAACCAGUGAUGGCUAACAAUAAUAUCGUGAUUCAAGAGGAGAAGCCGUUCUUCAUAUUAUGCAAACCAAAACUAUUGCCAUUAAAGUCAAUGACUUUGGAAAAGUUGGACAAAAUGCAAACCGACGCCGAAGAGAAGGCUAAACAACUGAUGCUUCAAAGCCAACAACAAUAA